AUGCCCGUCUUCCAAGAAACGUCAAACGCUGCGAGAGAUCUUAGAAUCUUGCCAUCUCGUGCUCCUCCAUUACCUAGACUUUCUCCUGAACCGGCGCACUCAGAAACCUCGGAGGAUAAUCGCGAGGUUGUUGUCAUUGGUGCUGGACCGAGCGGACUUUUUCUCACAUUGUUAUUAGCCAGAUAUGGCGUCGCAAAUUCUUCUCUCCUCUGCCUCGAUUCCAAGCCGGGGACUUUAAAGGCUGGCCAAGCAGAUGGACUUCAACCUCGUACUCUAGAGGUGCUCCAAAGCCUUGGAAUAGCGGACGAAAUCAUAAGCGAUGGUUGCCAUAUGGAAGAAGUUGCAUUCUGGAAUCCCGUGCACUCUAAUCGACAAACAAACGGCAAUGGGGUUCAUACAGAGAAAGGCAUUGAGCGCACCAGCGUUGUUCCCGAUGUCAAUGUUCCAGCUCGCUACCCUUUCGAAGUCACAAUCCACCAGGGACGUAUUGAGCGGAUCCUCCAAGAGAAUCUUGAAGUUUAUGCACCAAAGGAUACAAUCCGAAGAUCGCAUCGCUUUCUUGAGCAUACGGUCGACGAUGCUCAUCCCGAUUUCCCAAUUCUAGUCAAGUACGAAUACGAUCUCCCGGAUGGUACAACACAGCAGGGCACAGUUCGAACAAAGUACCUUGUAGGAGCGGAUGGUGCUCGCUCGCUGGUGCGGAAGUGCAUGGGUCUCGAACUCGAGGGCGAGACAAGCGAUCAUAUCUGGGGCGUUUGCGACUUUGUCGUAGACACUGACUUUCCGGAUAUUCGCAAGCGUUGUGCGGUUCACUCGGAUGCUGGAUCGGUGAUGGUGAUACCCAGAGAACGAAUUGCGUCUGGUGAUUAUCUUACCCGACUCUACGUCCAAGUACCUGGCGAGGUUGCUAGAGAUGUAGAUUCCGAAACAGACAAGAAAACAGCGGACAAAAAGAGGCGCGGCGCCGUCACGCUGGAGUACAUCUUCGAACAAGCCCAGGCGGUAUUCGCACCAUAUAACAUCAAGAUCAAAGAAGGCACCCAGCCAGAUUGGUGGGCUGCGUAUCAGAUCGGGCAGCGCAUGACGCCCAAGUUCUCUGCCAGAACUAGCGACGGCGUGGACAGAGUAUUCAUCGUCGGAGAUGCAUGCCACACGCAUAGUCCGAAAGCUGGGCAAGGCAUGAACGUGUCCAUGAUGGAUUCGUACAAUCUGGCUUGGAAACUUGUCCACAGCCUGCACGGACUUACACCACAACGGCCUUUGGGAACUGCGGAUCCUGUUCUCGAAACCUUUGAGCAGGAGCGGGUGGAUGUAGCUCGUCGACUCAUCGAAUUUGACACACAGUUUUCGCACAUGUUUUCCGGUCAGAUGGGAGAAGCAGAUGCUGAAGCCGCUGGCUUGACACACGAGGAGUUUCUUCGCGUGUUUAAUGAGGGGAGCGACUUUACCAGUGGUUGCGGCAUUCACUAUAAGAAUAACAGACUUAUACGAACACCACUUGAGUCUUACAUCGGUGAAGUUACGCAGGGAGAUCCGCUUCGUGGUCCGUUGAUCCCGGGCAGGAGACUGCUCAAUGUCGAGGUGAAGCGCUAUGCUGACGGCAACACUCGUCAACUUCAAGAUGAAAUGCCGUCCACUGGUCGCUACCACGUUCUGCUGGUGGCGAGCAACGACUUACUCGACAAAUCCGGUUCUUCUCAAUCAGCGAUCGUAUCAUCCAUGGAGAUCAUCCAGAAAUUCCCAGCAGGAGUCGUUAACCCGAUCAUUCUCCAUCCGCUGAAGGAGCGAUUUGAGUGGAGCGAUUUACCUUCAUGUGUAAAGACAUUUGCGGAGAUGCGCACAUAUGGAUUGGCGAAGCAGGAGGAUGCGUAUGAGAUUUUUGGCGUGCCCAAAGAUGAGGGACUCAUUGCUGUAAUUAGGCCAGACGGUUAUGUUGGCAUGUUGGCAGCUUUGACGGGAUCAAAGUUGUUGGAUGCGUAUUUCCGGGGUUGCUUGGUUAGCAUUUGA